UUUUGCAUAAUUACAACUACAAAGUCACUCCAUCUCUUGGCCUUUCGUGACUUUAGCUGUCUGAUGGGUGUUUGUUGUGUCCAGUUAAUUUAAUACCAGGUCAAAUGUGAACCGUUGGGUGGCAAGCUAGUUUGUCAGUGGUCUAAAAGACCACAUCACUGUAAUCCAAAGCCAGAGUACACCUGAUUUGCACUUCUAUUCUCAGCUCAUACCUACUUAUUAUUAUAAAGAGAACUACCCUCAUGCUUCUGGGUAUUAUUUUUUACACAGAAGCAGUAGUCUAAACAUAUCAAAUCCUCAGAGAUUUAGGGCCUGUUUUAGUAGAGAGAAAAUAAAUUACUAGCAAUAAUCACAUUAAUGGCCUUUACGAAGAGGGCUGUGAUAUUUGAAGGGCAGUCAGUGGUGUGCUUAUACUUUUUAAGCUCUUCAGAGCAGGGGUACUUUGUAUUGGAACAGAAAAGGCAGAAAAAGGAAUGGUUAUUUCCUGUUUUUACAGAUGGAGAGCUGAGGCAAGAAGGGAUUAAAUGACUCACACAAGGAAACAUGAAAAGUCUAGCAAAUCCAGGAAUUGAACCUGAUUGUCCCAAUGAUUCAAAGUUCUAUGUAUGAAUUAUAAGGCUAACAAAAACCAUGAAGUUUCCCCAGCUCAAACAUGAGUACCAUGAUAUUUAAUAAAGUGAGUGAGAAGGUUGGAGGUGCAGAAGGAACCAAGUUGGAUGAGGACUUCAAAGAAAUGGAAAGGAAAGUGGAUGUCACCAGCAGGGCCGUCAUGGAAAUAAUGGCCAAGACAAUAGAGUAUCUUCAGCCCAACCCAGCUUCUAGAGCUAAACUCAGCAUGAUCAACACAAUGUCAAAAAUUCGAGGCCAGGAAAAAGGACCAGGCUACCCUCAGGCUGAAGCCCUGCUGGCAGAUGCUAUGCUGAAGUUUGGACGAGAACUCGGAGAUGAAUGCAAUUUUGGCCCAGCCUUGGCUGAUGUUGGAGAAGCUAUGAGAGAGCUUUCUGAGGUUAAAGAUUCUUUGGACAUUGAAGUAAAGCAAAAUUUCAUUGACCCUCUACAGAAUCUCCAUGACAAAGAUUUGAGAGAAAUACAGCACCACCUCAAGAAAAUGGAAGGCCGACGUCUGGACUUUGAUUACAAGAAGAAAAGACAAGGGAAGCUCCCUGAUGACGAACUUCGCCAAGCCCUGGACAAGUUUGAUGAAUCCAAAGAAAUUGCUGAGUCAAGCAUGUUUAACCUUUUGGAGAUGGAUAUUGAACAAGUGAGCCAGCUUUCUGCUCUUGUACAAGCCCAGCUGGAGUACCAUAAGCAGGCAUCACAGAUCCUACAACAGGUUACUGUCAAGCUGGAAGAAAGAAUAAAAGAUGCAUCGUCUCAGCCCAAAAGGGAGUAUCAGCCAAAACCUCGCAUGAGCCUGGACUUUUCAAGUGGAGAUAAUACCCAGCACAAUGGAGGGAUCUCUCAUGCUGGCACACCAAAACCACCAGGUGUUCACAUGGACCAGCCAUGCUGCCGAGCUCUGUAUGACUUUGAACCAGAAAAUGAAGGGGAGCUGGGCUUUAAAGAAGGAGAUAUCAUUACCCUCACUAACCAGAUUGAUGAGAACUGGUAUGAAGGGAUGCUUCAUGGCCAGUCAGGCUUCUUCCCCAUCAAUUAUGUGGAUAUUCUGGUUCCUUUGCCCCAUUAGGAUGGCUGUUUCACCAUCUCUUGACCCACAUAGUUAUAUUGAUACCACUGCUUUCAAAAUGCUGCUUACUACAGCUCACAAGUGCAAACUGCAGUGGUUAGAGUCAUCCAGUCCCACUGAGUAUCUUUGAUUUAUGUGUUGUUAUGCUCUGUAGUGGUGAUGUGUGGUAUCUUCUGACCCAGCACAAUGUAGCAUGCAGGUUCACAGGCUACGCUGUGUCAGCCUGUGAUGGUGACCAGGCUGUUGUUCAUAUGGUGUUGGGAAACAAAUAGCAAGCAAGAGUGAUGACUUGGAGUGAAGUAGUGGAAAGCAGUUGGAGUGUUGGGAAGAUAAUGCCCAUCACCACUGUACUACUUUUAAGUCUUAGUUCUUUAUAAAAAAAGUUAAAAGUUCUUGCCAUUCCAUUUUUCCCUUCCCAAGGAUAUGGUUCACACAGGUCUAAUAUUGCCUAACCAGCAUUGUGUCUUCUGAUCAAAGUGACUCAGAAUCCAUUACUGUUCUCAGAGAGGCAGUAUGAUGUAGACCCUUUGGUUUCCCUGAAAGUGAACUACCAUUGUACUGUAUGUGCUGCUGACCUGCAGCUUGUUUAAAUUCUGGAUUGUUAACUAAAGGCCUAUUCCAGCUGCAGAUAAAAUAUGAACCAUAGUAAAAAGGUCAGUAAUACAAAGUUGAGUUACAAGCCAAAAGUGGCUGCUCUUUAUAAACGUUGAAAAUGAUAAAUACAAUGCCAGCAGGAAGGGCAGGAUGGGGAAUAAAAUUCAUAUAAGUGUUAUCUCCUUUAUGUGAAGUUUCUGGCACAAAAAUGUGCCAUUAAAGCACCAAGAGCCCUUAGUAGAUUCAUCCCCCCCCAAAAAAAAACAACGCCCCCCCAGAAAAGUCCUUUUAUUUUUGUCUAAGUUUGUCUAAGUUUGUGUUCUUUGAACAUCAUUUGUGCAUAUUCUGCCCUCAAUGAGGACUAAACAAAAAUGAUUUUUCUUUGUGCUGAGCAAUUAAAGACUUGUGGCUGUAUAUACAAAAACUGUUCCCAUACGUUUGUUUUCUUUCUUUCUUUCUUUCUCUUUCUUUCUUUCUUCCCCCAUUUCUGCAACUUGUGUGUACAGUGCUGUGCCCAGCUUCCCAACAUUCUUUUUGUAACAGUUGUAAGAGUUCUAUUAGUUUAGUUUUCCAGAGUUCUAUUUAUCUAAAUUGUACAGACUCUUUCAGAGGUUUAAUAUGCUGCUUCAGAUGUGCCACUUCAGUACUGGAACAUGUGAAAUAAAGGCAAUCCCCUACCGCUUAAUGUAUAAACUAUAUCAUGGAAAGUAUUGAUAUUUCAAAUAAAUAAUGCUGACAGAAUAA